GGAUUGGAAACACCGAAUCACGUGAUAUGGAGGGGAUUGGAACACCUGAAUCACGUGAUAUGGAGGGGAUUGGAGCACCUGAAUCACAUGAUUGGGAGGGGAUUGGAACACCUGAAUCACAUGAUUGGGGGGGGAUUGGAGCACCUGAAUCACAUGAUAUGGAGGGGAUUGGAGCACCUGAAUCACAUGAUAUGGAGGGGAUUGGAAGCACCUGAAUCACAUGAUUGGGAGGGGAUUGGAACACCUGAAUCACAUGAUAUGGAGGGGAUUGGAGCACCUGAAUCACAUGAUAUGGAGGGGAUUGGAGCACCUGAAUCACAUGAUUGGGAGGGGAUUGGAACACCUGAAUCACAUGAUAUGGAGGGGAUUGGAGCACCGGAAUCACAUGGUAUGGAGGGGAUUUGAACACCUGAAUCACAUGGUAUGGAGGGGCGGGGACACUGGAAUCACAUGGUAUGGAGGGGAUUGGAGCACCUGAAUCACAUGGUAUGGAGGGGGGGGACACUGGAAUCACAUGGUAUGGAGGGGGGGGGGUACACUGGAAUCACAUGGUAUGGAGGGCGGGGGGGGCGACACUGGAAUCACAUGGUAUGGAGGGGGGGGGGGGGGGGGAAUCACAUGGUAUGGAGGGCGGGGGGGGGGACACUGGAAUCACAUGGUAUGGAGG